GGUAGAUCUAAACUGGUCAGUGCAUUGAUAGUGAUUGAUAAAGCCUAUCGAUAAGAUGUACCUAGUAAUGCUCGCCCAGUGGUGAUUUCAACUGAUUUGAUCUUUUUAGCGUCAUCACGUUUAUUUGGUAUUAUUUGGUAUUAUUCAUCAUCCAUUCAUCGCCAUUGGGCAUAUCAGAUUAUUCAUAUCAUACUAUAGCAACGUCAAGUCGUCCUCAAGCAUCCAUGAAUUACCAGAUAAAUUCAACAAAAUAACUCAAGUCAUGACGAGUCUCAAGAGAAGCCAGGGUUCUGAUCCCUCUUCUCGAAAUAUCACCAACAAGAUAUAUGUGAGAUCCACGAAGAGCGGAAAGGUCCAAAAGAUUGUGCGAGAGGUCUAUUUACAACAAUAUCCUCCUUGCUCCUCUAGGCUAUGCUCCAAGUGUCUAGCCACGGCCCCGAGGAAUGCACGGGGGGAGGCACUCCCGUUUGUCCUUUCGGACAAGCCUGCGGGUACCAAGACGUACCCUCAAGGCCAUUAUCUAGUCCCAGACACCAAUGCCUUGCUUAAUGCUAUGGACUUGUUUGAGCAAAGCUCUGCAUUCUAUGACGUCGUCAUAUUACAGACCGUCCUAGAGGAGUUACGCAACAGGUCCUUACCGCUAUAUAAUCGCCUCAUUGGCUUAACCAAGAGCGAAGACAAACGUUUCUACGUCUUCUUCAACGAGUUCAGACUCGAGACACACAUCACACGAAACCAAGAUGAAACUAUCAAUGAUAGAAACGAUAGAGCCGUACGGCAAGCCGUCAAGUGGUACAACCAACAUCUAGGCCAGGACAAGAACGAGCGGUUACCUGUGACAGUCAUGCUCACCGACGACAAGCUCAAUAUCGGAAAGGCAAAGGAAGAGGGAAUUCCCGCUAUGACUUUACGUGGUUAUGUCUCGGGGCUCGAAGACGCAGAUCGACUACUUGACAUGAUUCCCGAAUCACAGGAACACGGCAUUUCCAGAGACAGGAAGGAAGUUGGCUUCUUGUAUCCAGAGCACUAUACGCUAUCCAAGAUGAUGACUGGAAUAAAAGGGGGCGUUCUACACCAGGGUGUCUUCAACGUCUCGCCGUACAACUAUCUCGAAGCUUCCAUCAAGGUUCCCGCAUUCCCCAAACCUCUUCUCAUUUUAGGGCGAGAAAACAUCAACCGUUCAGUAGAUGGAGAUGUAGUGGUUGUGGAGGUUCUUCCGCAGGACCAAUGGAAAGAGCCUUCUACUAAAAUUCUCGAGGAAGAGGCCAUCACGAAGAAUGAGGAUGCCGACAACGAAGAAGGGGAUGAUCUCGUCACCGAACAGGAGAGGCGCGCUUUGCAGGAGCAAGUUAAGAAGACACAAGGUCUAAAUACGGAAGGACGGCCACAACCUACUGCGAAAGUUGUCGGAGUCAUCAAACGAAAUUGGCGUCAAUACGUUGGCCAUAUUGACCCUUCAUCAGCCAGUCAGUCCGGUAAACAAGGGAGAAAGCAAGAAACCGUUUUCUUGAUCCCAAUGGACAAAAAGAUACCGAAAAUUCGCAUACGUACUAGACAGGCCGGGGAGUUGUUGGGGAAGCGAAUCCUUGUUACAGUGGAUUCCUGGGAUCGUGAAUCUCGACACCCUGUCGGCCACUUUGUUAGAUCUCUAGGAGAACUAGAAAGCAAAGCCGCAGAGACUGAAGCUCUCUUACUCGAAUACGAUGUUCAGUACCGGCCUUUCCCGAAGACAGUACUUGACUGCCUCCCUACGGAGGGCCAUGAUUGGAAAGUUCCAGCCAGCACGGAUGACCCUGGUUGGAAAGAUAGAGAAGACCUGCGAGGCCUUCUUAUUUGCAGUAUCGAUCCCCCAGGUUGUCAGGAUAUCGACGACGCGUUACACGCAAGGCCACUACCAAAUGGAAACUUCGAAGUCGGCGUUCACAUUGCUGAUGUAUCGCAUUUCGUCAAGCCUAGUAAUGCCAUGGACAUGGAAGCAAGUAUCCGAGGCACGACUGUCUAUCUGGUGGAUAAGCGUAUCGACAUGUUGCCGAUGCUUCUCGGAACUGACCUGUGCUCUUUAAAACCAUACGUGGAGCGUUAUGCGUUUUCUGUCAUUUGGGAGGUCAAUCAAUCGGCUGAUAUUGUCAACGCGAGGUUUACCAAGUCAGUCAUCAAAUCUCGCGAAGCUUUCAGCUAUGAACACGCACAACUACGGAUCGACGAUGCUUCGCAGCAAGACGACUUGACCCAAGGGAUGAGAACCCUCAUGAUGCUAUCAAAGAAGUUGAAGCAGAAACGAAUUGAUGCCGGAGCUUUGAGUCUUUCGUCCCCUGAAGUGAAAGUCGAGAUGGAAUCAGAAACCUCCGACCCGAUCGACGUCAAGACUAAGGCACUGCUAGACACCAACUCCCUUGUAGAAGAGUUCAUGCUGCUCGCCAAUAUCAGCGUAGCAGGCAAGAUAUACGAUGCCUUCCCCCAAACCGCCAUCCUCCGUCGCCACGGCUCCCCACCCAAGACCAACUUCGACGAACUAGCCAACCAACUCAAGGUAAAGCGUGGCUUUGAACUACACUUCGACUCGUCAAAAGCCUUAGCCGACUCGCUGGACGCGUGUGCGGACCCAGCAGAGCCUUUCUUCAACACGCUGGUACGCAUCAUGGCAACACGGUGCAUGAUGAGCGCCGAGUACUUCUGCGCAGGCACGCAAGCCUACCCCGAAUUCCGGCAUUACGGUCUCGCGUCCGAGAUCUACACACAUUUCACCAGUCCUAUCCGCCGGUACGCCGAUCUUGUAGCCCACCGUCAGCUCGCCGCCGCCAUCGACUACGAGCCCAUGCACCCGGCCACGCGCUCGCGCGGCCGUCUCGAGGCCGUCUGCAAAAACAUCAACGUCCGCCACCGCAACGCCCAGCUCGCCGGUCGCGCCAGCGUCGCCUACUACGUUGGCCAGUCCCUGCGCGGCCGCGUCGCCGAGGAGGAAGGGUUCGUCAUGAAGAUAUUUAGUAAUGGUUUCGUCGUCCUGGUCCCCCGCUUCGGCAUCGAGGGGCUCAUCCGCCUCCGCGACCUCGCGGACCCCGAGCCCGAGAGCGUCUUCGAUGCCGAGAAGUACCGGCUCCAGACUAGCGGCAGCCGGGAGGUGGCGGUGGAGCUGUUUCAGAAGGUCGUCGUUCGGAUCCGGGAUGUUAAGGACGAGGCUACGGGGAAGAGGGGCGCGAAGAUGGAAUUGGUGAAGUGAGUGAGUGAAGUGUGGAAGGGGGAGGAAAAGCGGGCGUUGCGCGGACACGGGUUUAUGGCUUAAGGUGAGGCGAAGAUAAGACAAGACUAAGCGUGAAUGAAGGUGGAUCGUAUCUACAUGCAACGAAGCAAUUGGUCGAAUAUACGCCCGGGGAGAGUCACGACGCAGGGAAUUGGUGAAAGGGGCCCAUGAAUAUGAUGGCACAGACAU